GUUCCCAAACGCAUCCGUUACCAACAAAUGGAUCUCUUGGGUGUCUCGCGGCCCAGUUGACCUAUCUCGCUAGCAGCUCCGCUGCUCCUUAGGGAUCUCUUAGCCCGGCUACUAUGUCAGUAGCUUUCGAAGCCGGCUCAUUCCAAGAGCGUUCCAGAAGGAUGAAGGACGUUCAUGGAAUCGACGAAGAAGGAGAUCAGGAGACGAAAAUCUCGCAAUUACCUUCUCUAGGCAAAGAAGCUCAUCGUGAGCGGCACCCCCGUCGGCUUUGCCGCUUGAUCCAUGACUUUCUUCGGGGGGGGUGAUCAAAAGUACCUACGAGCUUAGGCAGGUACAGGAUGUGCUUGCAUCAGGAUACCCUCCUGUUGAUCAGUCCCAUCUAGCAAAGACAAAUUUUAUCAAGGCUGGCCAAUCGUGAUGUGAGUCAGGCUUGUGUUGACCCUGACGAAACAUGAUUGCUGGAUUAGCCGGCUGGACUUGCAGUAGUCUCAGGGUGUCUGCAUUCCCGCAUGCCAGAUCUACCCUUUCCCCUCUUUUUGGCUCCCAUUUUCCAAUUUCUCCGACGCGGUGUGCAGAAAGCUGUGUAGAUCGA